AUGGCCUCCUCUGAGGCCUCGAUCGCCCUCUCGAACCGUAGCCUGCGGACCAUCAGAACAGAACUUGAAUUUCUCACAGAUACCGGCGUCAUUUCGUCCGAGCAAUUAUCCUCAAUUCUUGCACAGCUGCCUGCACAAACGCCGUUGCGAGCUCCUCUACACGCCCCUGUCAACCUCUCCCCAGCGAUCAGCACACCCGUUGAGCAGCUUUCGGAUUUAUCUUUGAAGAACUCAUACCCACAAACACACUCUCCGGCGCCUCUGCCACCGCCUGCAUAUGCCACGGUACCACCCGUACUGAGCGUAGCCUCCGCCCUCUAUGCAUAUCAACCCACAGACACUGGCGAUCUGGCCCUACAGCCGAACGACAGGGUACAGGUCAUCGAGCACAUGAACAACGACUGGUGGAGGGGCCGAAAUGAACGCACCGGUCUCGAAGGCAUCUUUCCCCGUAGCUACGUGAACAUUAUCGAAGAAAAGGGCCGACCACCUCUCCCACAUCAGCCAUCAUCAAGCGGCUACGGCAACAUGCCCCUCGACAUUGCCAGCUCUUCAUCACAACCCGGCCGACAAACCAGUAAAUUAGAGGAGCACGGCAAGAAAUUCGGCAAGAAGAUGGGCAACGCUGCUAUCUUCGGCGCUGGUGCCACGAUCGGCAGCAACAUCGUCAACGGCAUUUUCUGA